AUGUUGCACGGUUGGCCCGAAAGUUUUGCAUACUUCUACGACAUUGUACCGCAGCUGACGAGCGGAAACGGCGACGUAUCGUUCGAAUUGAUAAUACCUUCUUUGCCCGGACAUUUCAUGUCGGAUCCAAUGAAGGAUAGGGCAACGGUUCAUGUGGCAACGCUUUUCAAGAAUUUGAUGAAGCGCUUGAACAUCGAUAGGUUUUAUGUAUUUGGGCAAGGGGUUGGAUCAUUUAUUGGCACGGAUAUGGCAAUUUUAUAUCCGGAUAAAGUUAUGGGAUUGUAUAACACCAUGUGUAUUACAUUGUCGAGUUCACCAAUUGCUUUGGCUUCAUAUAUUUGGAAUAUCAUAUCUGUAGGAACUGAUUUAGAAGAGUACAAUAACCAAUUAUUUGGUGCGCUUCAAAACAUGGAUGAAGAAAAACUAAUCGAUGUUGUUAUGUUAAUGACAAUCUCUCAGAGUACGACAAAUUCCAUCAGAUCUCUCCAACAGUUUGUCCCUAUGCCACUCUACCAGUAUCCUAUAAGCACCAAGGUUCCAUGUUCUUGUCCCAAAUUUACCAAACAAAUAUUUUAUCAAGCCUCUUGGAUAUACAAGGAUAAGUUCACGAAUGUAGUUCAGGCUACCAAUUUUCAAGAAUGGGGACACAGGAUGUUAUUGCAAACUGAUAAGAGCAGUGGUUUCCAAACUUUAAGUAACUAA